UUCUAUUACCAAAACACAUCUGUGGAACCGACAAAGUUGGGGAACGUUUAACUAUAUUUGUGCAUUUUAAAACCGUUGCAAGGUGUUGCCUGUGUUGUUAUAGGAAUAAAACCAAUCAGAUGGAUACUAUGCGUGUGUUGAAAACAAACCAGAGACAUCAUCCAAGUCAUGCAUAACGUAUGCAUCUUCCAGCAGAUUUACCAAUAACAACUUCAAUCAAUCAUUUGCAGGGUUGGAUGUUAUUACCAGGCUGCAGAUGCCCUAUUUGUGUCUUUAACAGUGUACAUGAGGAGACAGAGUUGUGGUCUAACUGAAGUCAUGGCUUUGAGGAAAAGGGGGAGGAGAAAUGUUCAGAAAAAAACUGCAGGGAUACCAAGUCCAGGACACUUAAAUCGGAGGAGUAGCCGAGCGAGCAGUCAUGUUUCAGUGUCAGACAGAUCUGCACGGGUCAAACUUCUCAACCUGCGGCGGUUGGUAGUGUAGUUUUUGUGAGGACAGGUUGCAGGGUGACCUAAUGGGAAUUUAAGUUGUGAUUAGAAUAUCCGCUCCUUUUUUUUUGUCACCUCUGUCCCUGUAGUGUCACUCGUGUCAACAGGUGGAGCCUCGGCCAUGUCCACCGGCUCCGCUGCAAGUGAUGCCGAGGACGACGAGACGUGCCGCGUGAGGACGUCCACCUCGCUGAGGAGCGCGCGGAAGAUACCCUGCUACAAUACCGACCGCUUUUCAGACGAGGAGUUGGAAGAUGACGAUAUGGAGGGGAGGAACAAGGGUGAUCGCAAACUGUCCAGGGCGCAGCAGCAGAAGGACGCGCGGCAGACGCAGAGGAACGCGGCCAACGCCAGGGAGAGGUCGCGGAUGAGAGUGCUGAGCAAAGCCUUCUCCAGACUGAAAACCAGCCUGCCCUGGGUACCAGCGGACACCAAACUGUCCAAAUUGGACACGCUUCGACUCGCCUCGAGCUACAUCUCUCACCUGAGACAGCUUCUGCAGGACGACCGAUUCGAGCAAAGCUUCGUGCACCCAGUCAACCUGACAUGGCCAUUUAUGAUGACGAGCCGAUCUGAAGACAGCCAAGGCAUCUCGCCCCCUGUGAGACUCUGUGGGGCAACAGCGUAGGACCCCCCCUCCUUCCAUCAUCAGCUUGUGUUCUUGCAGACAAUAUGAAACCAUCCCGUCCACCUCUUGUCCCCCUUAAUGUCGCGGGCGAUGACUUUGAACUCAAAUCCAACUUAAGUGUUGCAACCCUGCGGAUCCCGUAUCUCAGAAUGUGGGAACAAUUAAGACUUGAAGUUGUUUUGAGAUGUAAUUUGUUGUGUGCAUGAUAAUAAGUGUUAUUGGCUGGGCCCGGAACGGCAAAAUACUCUAAGAACUCAAAUGCUGUCUGUCAUUUUGAGCUGACUACCUGAGGAGCUAAGUUGCGCAGAAGGAUUCUUCAAUAUUUGAUCUCUACAGUAUUUAUUACAUUUGUGAUAUAAUUGUCUUUUUUCAUUUCAGAUAAACAAAAUACGGAUAAUGUCCGUCUUUUGUCCUUUGUUGUAUACAGAUUUCAGAUUUGGAUCAUUUGCUUUUUCAUGUUUCAUGUUUCACAGCCCAAUGUCAUGUGGAUUAAAGUGCUCAGUAAAUGAAUCUUUAUCUUGUAAAAAUGUCUGUAGAAGAUGAAAAUAACAGUGAAUGUAAUACUGAAUCUCAGUUUUCUGAUUUUUACAAAUCUUUUCUAGUUUCUAGCUAAAAAAUACAUAGCAUUGCAAGGGUUGAAUGUGCAAAUAUCUUAAAUACCCAUAAAAAGUUUGACACCAACUUAA